AUGGCCACAGACCACCCCAUCCCCCGAAAACUUUGGGAGCACCCCAACCCCAACUCCACCCUGGCAGCCAAAUUCAUGCAAACCGCCAAUAAAAGAUACUCCCUCAACCUCCAGACCUGGGACGACCUGCACGCCUUCUCCGUCAAUCGGCGCUCCGACUUCUGGGGCCUCUUGUUCAACAUCCACCCUAUCAUCCACACCGGCACCUACACCCGCCCCGUCGACGAGUCCGCUCGCAUGGACGCCGUCCCACCUUGGUUCUCAGGCGUAAAGUGCAACUUCGCGGAAAACGUCCUCUUCUGGCCCGACCCCUCCGACUCCUCCAAACGCACCACAUACCGCAAAGAGGACCACCGGAUCGCCAUCACAGAAGUUCGAGAAGGCUGCACGGAGAUCCGGCAGGUUUCCUGGAAAGAACUACGAGAGCGGGUGGCGUUGCUGUCUAAUGCCAUGAGAGCGAAGGGGGUGAGGAAAGGGGAUCGAGUGGCCGUGGUCGCGAGUAACUCGUUCGAUACGAUUACGGUGUUCUUUGCGACGACGGCUUUGGGAGGGAUUUUCUCAAGUAGUUCGACGGAUAUGGGGAGUCGAGGGGUGUUGGAUCGGUUGAGGCAGAUUAAGCCGCGGUGGAUUUUUGUGGACGAUUGGGCGGUGUAUAAUGGGAAGACGAUUGAUUUGAGGCCGAAGAUGGUCGAGCUUGAGGCUGGGAUGAAGGGGGUGGAGGGGUUGGAGGGUUUGGUGAGUAUGCCUCGUUGGCAAGACAGGGCGGCCGAUAUUUCUGCUGUACCGCGAUGUGAGACGUUGGCGACGUUUGCAGAGGCGGCGAAGGGGGAUAUGACGUUCAGAUUCGAGCAGAUCGACUUCAACGACCCGUUCCUCAUCGUCUACAGCUCCGGGACGACUGGGAUGCCUAAGUGCAUCGUCCAUGCUGCUGGCGCUGUGCUCAUCAACAAUCGGAAGGAGGCGAGUCUACAUCGCGACGCUGCAGCAACGGAUCCAUCGGACAUGUGCACGCUGCAAUACACUACCACGGGAUGGAUCAUGUACAUGUCCUCCUGCCUCUCCCUCAACUCCGGCGGCCGCUGCAUCCUCUACGACGGAUCGCCCUUCCAACCCGAUCUCACCUCCUUCAUCAAGCUCUGGUCUUCCCAAGGCGUGACAGACCUUGGACUAUCUCCUAGGUACUUCCAGACCCUCGCCACAGCCAAACCGAACCCCAUCGCGCCUCGUGAGAUAUGCGAUUUGAGCAAACUGCGGCGUGUCACCUCCACGGGAAUGGUGUUAUCUGACAUCCAAUUCGAAUGGUUCUACGACACCGCCUUCCCACCCCACGUCCAACUGGCCAACAUAGCCGGCGGCACCGACCUCGCCGCCUGCCUUACCGGCGAUACUUUGAUGAAGCCCCUCUACGUUGGGGGCACACAAACCCCCAUGCUCGGCAUGAAAGUCGAAGUCUACGACCAAACCCUGCCAGGCGGCCGGGGUGUGCCAGGGAAACCUCUUCCCGCAGGCGAGCAAGGGGAGAUGGUCUGCACGCGGGGCUUCCCAACCCAGCCGGUGAAGUUCUGGGACGACAAGGAGGAGAAGUACUUCAAAGCGUAUUUCGAGCGAUUCGACAACGUCUGGGCGCAUGGGGAUUUCAUUUCCGUCCAUCCUACAACCGGGCAAGUGUAUCUCCACGGCCGAGCGGACGGUGUGCUAAACCCCAGCGGCGUGCGCUUUGGCAGCGCAGAAAUCUACAACGCCCUCGACAACGCCUUCGGCGAGGAAGUGCAAGACAGUCUCUGCGUCGGUCAGCGACGGCCACAGGACAUGGACGAGAGCGUCAUGCUGUUCCUGCUCAUGAAGCCUGGGAAGAAGUUCACGAACGAGUUGGUGAAGAGAGUGAAGGACGUGAUUGCGAGGGAUUGCGGGAGGAGGUGUGUGCCGAAGUUUGUGUUUGAGACGCCGGAGAUUCCGACGACGAUUAAUCUGAAGAAGGUCGAGUUGCCGGUGAAGCAGAUUGUGAGUGGGAAGGUGAUUAAACCGAGUGAUACGUUGGCGAAUAAGGAGUGCUUGAACUUCUACUACCAGUUCGCCAAAGUGGAGGAGCUGGUGCCUCCGCAGAGCAAGCUGUGA